UGAAGUUCGGAGGGAAGUUCACUGAUUGGCUUGGAACGUAAUCAGACUCCAGCCAAUAGGAGACUGGCACGCUUUCUUUUAAAAGUAACGUCGCAGCUCUCCGUAUUAUCAUUCUUUCUUUGAGCUGUGUUGUAGCGGUUGUUAUCACAAUGAGUGGAAGAGGCAAAACUGGAGGAAAGGCUCGCGCUAAAGCCAAGACUCGGUCCUCCAGAGCUGGACUGCAGUUCCCCGUCGGUCGUGUUCACAGGCUUCUCCGUAAAGGCAACUAUGCCGAGCGCGUCGGUGCUGGUGCUCCGGUGUAUCUGGCCGCUGUGCUCGAGUAUCUCACCGCUGAGAUCCUGGAGUUGGCUGGAAACGCCGCCCGGGACAACAAGAAGUCUCGUAUCAUCCCCCGUCACCUGCAGCUGGCGGUGCGCAACGACGAGGAGCUGAACAAGCUUUUUGGCGGCGUGACCAUCGCUCAGGGCGGCGUGCUGCCCAACAUUCAGGCCGUGCUGCUGCCCAAGAAGACCGAGAAACCCGCCAAGACCAAGUAAAC